AUGCACCAGCCGAUCGACUUGAUUACCACACUGCGGCAGUACAGCGACGCCGUGUCCUCGUCGUACGCCGAGACGGACUGGGCGCACUCGGACAGCGACUCGGACGACGGCCGCUCACGUGCUGACGCCAGGCGCAAGUGCAGCACCUCCACAAAGCGCCCGCCGCACGUGUGGGCACGAACGGCGCCGAUCAGUAUCCCCUGCAGCCGUCGCGCGCAGCCGCAUCGGCGGCACCAGUGCGAGAGCGUCAGUGCGAGCCCGACGCGGUCGUAUCACGCCGACAUGCGGCGUCUGCGCGCCAGCCGCUACGUCAUUGACGGAGACGACCUGGAGCUGGACGAGGACGACCCCGUGUUUUAUGGCAAUUUGGCCUUUUUUCGCUCGCAGCAACACGGCGCCUCGUUGCCGAUCCAGAAUCGCUGCGAGACGAGCGCCCGCGCGCACUACUCGCUCAAGGUCGACGUAGCUGCGCCAGUGUCUCCGACGGGCGUCGACGUGCGCGACGGAGCUAUCUUUGCCAUGGAACUGUAG